CUCGUUGAUACUGUCGUUAGAUUCACGCAGCUAUGCAUCAUGGCGGGCUGCACGAACAUUUUGAAAGGCAUAAAAGUGAUAGUUUUAGUUUUAUUAUUUUUCCUUUUGCAAACAUACAUCACCGAAGGUAUUGAAAUUACCGAGCUCAAAGAUGACCGACAAAUAACUAAACAAGGAGCUCGGCACUUUUGCUACCUUAAUAAUAUCAAGCCGAGUUGGAGGGAGUCAUGGACAAGAAUUCAGGUGCAAGUGUGGAGCUCUAAAGACCUGAAGGUGACCGUGGUGGAGGAUGAGGAGGAACUGGAGAAGUUGGAGAGCUUCAGCUUUUGGACAUUUGUCCAGUACUUCAUCAAGGAGCAGACCAAUGAAACACAUGUUCCCAUCAACCUCUUUGCACCCAAAACCUGUUUUAAGGUUGACCCAUCAGAUUCCAAGACAAGCUACACUGUAAAGCCCAGUCGAAAAUGGGACGUGUUCCUGUUUGCUGUCUUUCUUACUGGAGUUGUUCUUUUCUUCUUUGCCGACAUUCUGAGCAAGAGUCAGAUGUUCUAUUACUCUGGUGGAAUCAGCGUAGGAAUGAUUGCUUCCCUCCUCAUCCUCAUCUAUAUCAUGGCUCGCUUCUUGCCAAAGAAAAGCCCCUUCUAUGUACUGCUGGCAGGAGGCUGGUCCCUCUCUUUCUACGUCAUUCAGCUGGCAUUCAAGAACAUGAAGAUCAUCCUGAGAGAACACUGGCACCUGGCUGUUGGUUACACGGUGUUGGUGGGCUUUGUGAGCUUUGCCGUGUGCUACCGGCACGGCCCCCUGGUGAACCAGCGCAGCAUUGACAUCCUGUCCUGGUCGCUGCAGCUGAUUGGCCUGCUACUGAUGUACGCUGGCAUCCAGGUCCAGCAGGUGGCGCUGGCCAUCAUGGUGGCGGCCUUCUGCGCCAAGUACAUGGACUACCCCAUCAACCUCGCCAUCGCCGUCUACAAUAAACUGAACCGGCGUAUGCGCUGGAAGCUGGAGCCUCGGCGGCUGCUAACAGAGGAGGAGUACCAGAAACAGGCCGAGAUCGAGACCAGCCGCGCCCUGGAUGAGCUGCGGCAGUACUGCAACAGCCCCGAGUUCAACACCUGGAAGACUGUCUCCAGACUCCAGUCCCCCAAGAGGUUCGCAGACUUCGUGGAGGGUUCCCCACAUCUUGUGUCCAACGAGGUAUCAGUCCACGCCCAUGAAUAUGGAUUUGAUGGCUCUUUCCUGGAUGAUGAAAUGUUUUCUACUGACGAAGAGCAGACCGACGAUGAGGAGGAGUUUGAAGGAGAUUGGAAGAAAGACCUUAGAAAUUCAAUGUGAUUCACACAAUCAGUCUCACUCGCAGAAGAGGCUGCAUCCGAGAUGGAGGUAACGAGAGACUUUAUGCUGGGUUCAUUAAUAAAGUGUUAAAGUGUAUCUAUCUAUCUGUGGCAACAAGGACAAGCAAAUGGGUUUACUGUGGUUCUCUUUUUCAGUUAUUAUUUUUUGGGACGUGUGCGUGUGCUAGGUCUGUUUUAUGUUUUAUGUUUUUCUCUGUACAGUUUUGCUAUGGACAUUGAUAGCCAUCUCAGAUUUUGAUGGGGAAAAUAAAGAUUUUUUAAUUUA